GCUGCAAAGGUCCUCAGCAGAGGUACUAAAGUACUGGAGACAGACCAGGAGGAGGGAGAUAUUAUUAAACUCAAAUGAGAAGGCUGCAGAUCUGGAUGGAGCUUAACGUUUCCUGGUGGGAGGUCCCCUUCCAUUUUUCUUCACCCUGGUGAGAACAAGCUCCCAAAGUGAGUGAAUUGCUGUGCUGGAUUCCUGAUGAAAGGCACAUCCCCUGAAAAACCUACUGGCUUGCAACAGAUAUGAACUAGUAAAAUUCUUCAAAGAAAGAGCUGACAUAGAAUGAAGAUCGAAGUAAACAACACUUGAAGAGCAGAGAGAAAUUCUAAUCUGUAAGUAUACACAGAAUGAAAAAAAAAGCCUUGGUUAGCAAAGUUUUUAAAAGAAUGCUUGCAAGUUUGGGGGGGGAAGCAUUCAGCGAUCUGUUUGUUUUAUUUUUAACCCAUUUUCUGCACAAAUGAUUUUUCAUUGUGUUUUGUAAUUUCCUAGUAAAGGACAUUAUUGCUUCAUUCUUUUCCAUAUUGCUACCCUGUAGUUUUACACUGUCUUCUAAAACUGGGAGGCAGUGCAUUUUGCUUUCAUCCAUCUUUGUGUGUGUGUUUGAUAUCACCCAGUCUCUGUAAGGACCAGAAGGUUUGUUCUCUCUGUUAUGAUACAGAUAAGGAGGUAAAUAAUGACUUUUAGGAACACUUCAUGGUUUCAAUUUUUUUUGUGUAAAAAUAGUGACAAUCUCAAGUGAAAGAGGACUAACUCAACAUGCUUUUCCAUCCCAUUUGUUCUUCAAUGGACUGAACUGAAACCACAAAAUACCGGUAUAAUGUUGACACAGCCUGCAAGACAUGAGCCCUUGAGCUGCUGAAUGAGUUAGGGGAAUCAUGAAAAGUUGUUUGAAAAAAGUCAAUGUCUAAAUGUAAAAACACACUUGCUAUUUAAUAUUAUUUUAUUUGUAAUGUUUUCCAUUAAGCAGGUUCUUAUACCUCAAGCUUCAGGUGUGUGUGGUUAUGUUGAAAUAAAAAGAAUUCUGCAAUUACUCUAGUGGCUUAGCCUACAUUACCAUAACACAGCAUGGAAUUAGAACAAAAUGAAAUGCAAUUACAAUGCCCUCAACAGAAAACAUCUUUGAGACUAAAUGAGGACUCUGUGAAACAAAUGGAGAUUUUAAACAGACUUUUGUUAAAAAAUAUUUGUAUUUUGCACUGCCUCCAGCCUAGUCUAGUUCAGUGCAGAAGUGUCAGUUCUGACAAACACUCAUUUUUCAAUUUAUUAAGUCUGUUGAAAAUAGAAAUCUUUCAUUUGAAUUGAACUUUUUUCUCCUCCAAAUUCAAAUGAAACUUCUCAGUUGGGUGCAUGCAGGCAGCAAAUGCUUCUUCUGCAGAACCCAACUGUCACAAGACAUGAAAAUCAGUGUGAAGCCUGCCAGUCUCUCAGCAGACGUGUAUGGGGGGAUAAAUUUUGCAAACACUUGUUAUACAGAGUAGAGCUCACUGUUUGACAGAGAUUGUAAGAGUGUCAUCAUUUCUGACAAAUGAGGUGGGGUUUUUAAUAAGUUGAUAUAAUGUUGAUGUAACAUAAUGGUGACUCAUGGACCUGGUUGGGAAAAUAGCAUACAAUGAAGGGAACAAGCCAGUGACAGGCUGAUCUGGAUUGCUAAAUCAGGCUCAAACUAGCAAUAAGCAUUUUACUCCUGCCAAAUGCAAAGUUGUUCAUCUAAAAACAAGUUCAAGAAUAAUGGCAGUUCACUGAGAAGCCACAGGUAUGUCUGGAAUCAAAGCAGAAGUAUCUUCUGUCUCAUAUCAGAGACAGGGGAAGUCAAAAUUUGACAAAAGGUUUUUAAAUCUAAAGACAAAGCCAGAAGCACAUAAAAUGCCUGGAAUCUGAGAUUGUACAAAUUCUGUCCAGAAGUAUGGUUAAUCUUUUUUUCUUUCUUAGGUCGUUGGGGUUUUUUUAAAGUAGUAACACAGAUAACAGUAAGAUAAAAGAGAAACAAGUUCCUGAAGGUUGUAAUGAAUAUUUUUGAGUUGGAAAAUUUUGACAGAGUUCAAAUUGUUUUCAUAAACUAUAGAAUCACACAAUAGUUUGGGAUGAAAGAGGCCUUCACGAUCAUCUAGUUCCAACAGCCCUGCUAUGGGCAGGGACACCUCCCACUAGACCAGGCUGCUCAAAGCCCCAUCCAACCUGGUCUUGAACACAGACAGGGACUGAUCAUUAUGACUUUUUCUGUCCUGAAGAGAGCAGUCCAGGAAAGUCUUGCAGACUGUGCUGCACAGGCAGUCACAUGAAAUGAGUGUGAUGGCAGUAUCCACACUGACAACUGACAAACCUUGAAUGCACAAGAAUCUUUUUGCUGACCAUAUUUCUGGAAGAAACCAGCCUCUGGCCUGUUGGCAAUCUACCUCCUUUGUCAGACUGAAACAGCUAUUUUUGCAACUGUCCCCCAGCCCUUGGCACCAGCGGCUGCUGUGGCAUCCAAAUGAAGUGGUGCCCACCGUUGCCUCAUGGCUGCUCAAGGCUCCUGUCCAGCAGAAGUUCAACCGAGUCAUGAGAGGCUUAGCACAGAGGAAGACUAAACCUGGCUCCAAGACUUGAGCAAUAUCACUGAACUGGCAGUUGCUGGAGGGGAUGGGAAGGCACAGGAACAAGACCAGCCGUGUCGUGUAAGGUCCACGUUAAUUCUUUUUCCACAUGCCUCCUGCUAAAUUCCGGCAAGAGGACUUGUUAGUUGCAUUUCAGGUCAGUAGGUUAUAGGACUGUGAAUGUCAGCACGAUAGGUAAUCUCAUUUCACCAGAAAGCAGCAUUUCCUCUGUGAAACAUACCCUGUGUUAUGCUGUACUCUGUAUUCAUCACGCAAUGAUAUUUCAGUGGGGUGCCUGUACUACUGGGGAGAUGAUAAUCUCCUAUCACAGCUGCUAGUAACUUUUUUUUGGAAGAUUAAUGAAAAUUACAACUCCUGCAGAAUCUUACUAUGUAGGGAUUUAACGAUGACUGCAAAAUUCUGCAGAAACCUGCAUUUCUGUUGCCUAUUUGCAGACAAAAAUAGGUCUCUUGCUGCCCCCUUCAUCGGAAUGUCUAAGGAAAAUAUCAGUUACCUGACUUCUUCUUAUCUGUUCUUAUUGCCUUCAGUUCAAGUUUCACUGCUGGGCUCCAAAGGGUGACAACAAGGGGUUCUUCCUCUCCAACUGCAGCCACACUUCCAGCGUGCUACCCUUCCCAUUAUGACACUUCUAAAAUAUUUAAACUCUAAACACGCAUUUUAAAUCAAAACAGUGUGAUAAUUCCACUUUUCAGAGACAUCUUUUCAAACACGAAUUUUAACAACCUGGAGAAACUGAUGAAGAGCUAUUGCUAAUCCCUUCUGACUUGAAUGUUUGUGAGGAUGAAAUUCAGUGUCUCAGAAACAAGAACAGAACUGGCAGGAACUUGCACCAUUUCUGAUGCAAGAGCUGCAGUGUGCCAAUCUGCAGUGACUUUGAUGAAAAGUUCCUUCACUGAAACCCAUUGUAAUUCUCUUAAUGUACUGGAAUUAGUUGUCCACAUAACUCUGAGAUGCAAGAUCAAACAGAAAAGAAUAUGUACCAGGAAGAUCUCAGGAACGUGACUGAAGGGACCAGGAACAGCAGUGACUCCUCUUCUGCCUUUGUACACACCAGCACCAUGAGUGCCAUACUGGUUACUGUCUACUCGGUGGCCUUUGCUGGAGGUGGAAUUGGGUCCAUCAUGAUGGCGUUUGUGCUGCUUAAGAUGAACAGUCUGUCUGUGACCACGACUGCCAUCAUUAACCUGGUUGUUGUGCACUGCCUCCUCCUCUUCACGGUGCCCUUCCGCCUCCACUAUUAUGUGAAAAAGAAGUGGGUAUUUGAUAUGCCAUUUUGCAAAAUGGUGAGUGCCAUGGUGCACAUCCACAUGUACCUGACCUUCCUAUUUUAUGUGAUCACACUGGUGAUCCGGUGGCUCAUCUUCUUUCAGUGGAAGGACAAGGUGGAGUUUUACAGGAAGCUGCACGCCAUUGUGGCAAGCGCUGCUGUGUGGGUCUUUGCCAUGGUCUUUGGGUUGCCGCUCUUGUACUUUGAGUACGGACGCUCAGGCUUAUACAAUAAUACAACAUGCUUCAAGUUCCACAAAGAACUACAGCAGGAGAGUGUGAAGGCCCUGAACUACACCAUAAUUGUGGCUGUUGCUCUCGUUUCUUGUGUCCUCUUAGGCUUGCAGAUUUUCAUCCUGGUAAAAGUGGCGAGAAAAUUUUCCACCUCCCUCUGUUCACACCAAGAGUUCUGGGCCCAGGUAAAAAACUUGAUUUUCAUCUGGGUGAUCAUAAUUUGGUUCCUUCCCUACCACCUGUUUAGGGCCUAUUACAUACAGCAUGUGAGUGAUUUUGACCAGUUAGAAAGCUACAAUGAGGUUUUCCUAAGCCUGACAGCUCUGAGCUGUCUCGACCUGCUGUCAUUUGUGCUCAGUGGAAACCGCUUCUUCAUGCAAAGUGUGGGGAUGCUCCACAGGAGGUCGCCUUGCUGCUAGCAUCAGCCUCCUGCAGUGUGUGCAGGACCUGGGAUAGGACAGUGAUGGACAGACAUGGCAAACUUCCUCCUCAGCAAGUGACGGUGUGCCCUGGAAACAGUACAACACACUUGCACAGGGCUCUGCACAUCAGCUUCCUGAAGUAAUGGAACAAACUGCCUCCAGUGUCUCAGCUGGCAAAUGGGAAGGUGACCUCAGCAAGUUCCUCAUGGUGCUACCCAGUGAGUUGUGGAUGGACCUGGAGAAAAGGGAAGAAAGGCCAUAGGCUCUUCUGUCUUACUGUUUUUACAUCAGGGUUUGUGAAGUCAAAGGCACUAAGAGGAGACUUGAGAAUUGCAAUGUAGAAACACAAAGAGAGAAGCAGGUUUUUAUGGACUAAGGUACAGAUUUUUGAAAUUUAAAGAUCUGUAUCAUUUUCCCAUAUAUUUCUUAUUUAUUCCCCACAAGCUCUCAUAAAAUAGCAGGGAAGAUAUGGUUCUUCCUGAGUAGAACAACUUUCUUCUUUACUGUAAAGAGAAGCAUAACUUUCUAAGUGAAUUGAACAAUUAAACCACCCAUUUAAAACUAAACCAGUGAUAGUUAUUUCUUAAAAUAUUUUCUCAAAAUCAUUUUUUGAGAUGGUAUCACUGCAGCAGAAAAGAAUUUUGUUAUCUUUCUCACAUUAUGAAAAUAUGUCUAAAAAAAUUAUACAUUGUUACUGAAAUGGACUUUUCAAGUUCAAACAAAAGCCAGUAUUAUUAUUCACAGAAUUGUGCAAUUAAAAAAUAUUUUACCAUGAGAACAAUUUUAUUUAGAUCAUUCAGACAGAAGUUGCCUUCUCUUCAAAAGGCAAAUAUUUUGGGUAUCCAAGGUUACAAGGCUUUCUCUUUUUUUGUCUUAUGUUGAUUUUGUGCAAAGUUUAUAACUAGUUACUCACAGUGUCUUUAGCUUGAAAUCAAUUCUAUAAAUUUUGUACCCUGUACUGGUAGAAAGAAUGAAAAUACUACUGCUUGGAUUGGAGGGAUGGAAAAAGCUAAUAGACCCAGGGUAGCUAAAAAGCUUAUUAUAUCUCAGUGAGGCAUUGUCAGUUGCUGUCUCUGAAGACAGAAUUAAAUUCCACUAAAAGAGAUGGAAAAUUCAGUAAAAUAUUUCUGUGAAAGACAUUCAGGCUUUCAUAGCUCAGCUGCUUUACACCUACCCCCCCAAAAAAAUAUAAAUCUCCGACUGCUCUAAUUCAAGACACCAAUGGCUAAUAUAUCUUUCUUCUUGUUGUCAUCUGCAUAAGGCCACAUUUUUUCAUCCAGAGUUAGUGGGAUAAUAAUUUAAUCAUUUAACUAAUUAGAGGUUAUCAGCUGAUCAAUUUCCAUGACAGUCUCUCCUCAUGAUGCUGUUGAAAUGCACCUUUUCGCAUUUUUGAACCUUUCCAUUCCUUUCUGCCUCACCUUCAGCAUCUCUUGCACAUCAGACAGCAAUAAAAUAACAAUUGGUUGAUCUUGUUGUACCUGUGCAAUCUCAUUGCUUUUGGUCCCACCAAGAUGGUUACUUUAUAGGAUCCCAUCUCUUCUAUAGUCUUUCUACCUUGUCUUCCUUCUUGCUUCAAGGUCCUUUAUAUCUAUCAGCAUGUUUGAUCAUAAAAAGGUAUUUUCAGGUCAGAGUAUGAGUCAUGCUGUAUCACACCAAAAGUUGGAAAUCACAUGAAGGUCAUAACACAAGUGAAAUGUGGGGCAGCUCUCAUGGCUCACCCUUGGCAAACAUCCUGGACCACAUCUGUUAAGAAAGAAAUGUGAGAGCUUGCAGUGUGUGUGGAUUUGAGAAAAAUCUGUCCAAGAAGGUGUUUGUUCCCAAGGGAUCACAGUAAAAAGGACGACAACUACCAGCCAGAUUCAACAGUAGCUGAGGAACUACAGACUCAAAACACAUAAGGAGUCAACUUGAAUGUGUAGUUCACUACUAGUUAACUGUGUGUCAUUAAGAAAGCAAUAAACUGCUGUGAUCUAGAUUUGUUUUAAAGCCACACAAACAAAUCUUUUUUCUCCUUGUGGUGGGAGAGGAUGGAAAUUGGCUCCAAAAUUUUGUUUCCUCCCAUAGCAACGUGGUUGGUCAAAGAAAAUGCCUUGCAUGCAUUCUGUAGGCACUGCAUAGCUUUGUAACAUUAUAUCAUAACCCUUCUACUAUAAUAAAGUUAUUAACAAACAAAA